AUGACUCUCACUCCACAACCACAACAACAACCAUUUCAGCAACCACCACUCACGUCGUAUGGAACUACAGUGACCACUACGAUGACCACAGCCACAGCCACUCUUCCUAUGAAUAUGGCUGGAUCACCACCACCACCAGUGGGUUAUCAACAACAACAACAACAACUCUCUCAACAACCACCCAUGAUGAUCAUCACCACCUCUGCUGCCAAUUCUCCUCUCUCCGUGGUUCAACUCGGUCAUGGCGGUCCAUUAGUUGAAACACUCUCCGAGAGUGUCUAUAUGGAUGGAACGAAUGGAUUUGCUUUACCGACUCAACUCGCUCAGACGUUGAGUUUGUAUGGAAUUCAAAAUUCGGGAACUCUGAUCUCUGAGAUGGAACAAGUGAUUUACAAUUUGAAUGGAAUGUUAAGAGAACAUUAUUCAAGAGCUUCAAAUUAUGAUAUUGGGUUUUGGGUUUCGUUUACGGUGCUCAUGAUUUUGAUUAUUUUGACGAUGGGAUUAGCGGUGGCUCUGCUCUUCAUCAUUUACAUUUUCCCUUAUAAAAAGGCAAGAUAUUUGGUUCGUAACAUGAACAGUGUUGUGAGACCAAAAGUUCAACACUACUUGACAGAGAUCAACAGGACGAAAUUGAUCCCAUUUGGAUUGGAAUUUGUCAUGAGCUACGUUCCUUCUGCUUCCGCAUUUUCUGCUUCUCAAAACGUGUGGGGCUACUCUUUUUCAAAUUCAUCUGAAAGAAUUGUUUUAAAGUUGAUUCGUGUCUCUAAACCUGUUCAAACUGUUGUCAUGCAAUAA